AAAGAAAAAAGGGCGGCGGCGCACUGCAACUGCAACUUGGGGGGCGGCGGUGGCGCACUGCAGUGCAGUCGCACCUUGGGUGGUGGCGCACUGUAGGGUCGUCGGCGCACUGCAGGGGCACGGCGGCGCAGGGGGCAGAGGCGGCGCACUGCAGAUCCGGAGUCAGGGACGACGGUCGGCGCGAUUCCGGGCGGCGGCGCACGCCGGAGCAAGAGCAGAGGCAGCCGGAGGGAAAUUGCUUCAGCUUACCAGAAUCCGCGCGGAAGGCCAAACUCGGGGCUCGUUUGGAAGCCGGGGGGCGGCUCCUCCCCCAUCGACUCGCUUGCGACGCCGCCUUGACCGCGCUUGCCAGUUGCGACGCGACACGACACGCCGCCGUCUCCCUCCCCCAAGUCCAGCGCCGCACCCUCCCCAAGGCGGGAUCCAGCCGGCACCUCCCAGGAACACCCCCCACCCCCUGCCCGCCCGCCCGCCCGCCCCCCACCUCGCCGCCCCACUCGCCCCGACUACCCAAGCGGCGAGGCCCCGGCUCGCCGGAUUCGCCUCAGCUCGCCGGAGCUUCCGCCCCGUCUCGCUGGCGUAGCGCCUCGCAGUCGCAGGAGCCACGCCAUCUCGACGGGGCCCUCACGCCGCCGGAGCCCCCCGCGCGGUGGAAUCUGCGCCCCUCGCCGCCGGACCGCCCGGCCUCGCUGGUCGGCUGGCGCUCCCCACGCCGCCGGAUCUUUGAGGUUCUUUGCACCAGGAUAACAUUGCUAUGUCAGAAGCUACAGAUGCUCAGCUGCAAGCAACAGAGCAGGAAGUAAGUGUCCAUGCAAGUCAACAAGCAGGGCAACCGCAUAUGAACGCAACAGAUCAAUUCUCCAGAUCAGAAUUAGUAACUGAAGGUUCAAAAAGUGAACAACCUGUCCAAGUGGAGCAACAGAAUCCACAGCUACAACAAUUUCAGCCAGAAAAUCGACUGCAACAAGCUGAAACAAAUUGCUUCCAGUUAGCUGAGAAAGAAACAGGGAGUUUUGGUCAGCAGAGUUUUUCAGGUUCCAAGGUUGAUGUAGCUCAGCCCUCAGUAGCUCAGCAGAGUGCAAAGCAAGUUGUUGGCCUGCAAGCACCAUCUGGUGCCCAGGAUACAAGGAAAGGGCCAUCUAUACCAUUCAAUAUGUUAAUUCCUAUCCUACAGGCACAUCUUGACAGAGACAAAGAUAUGCAACUUCAAACCGUAUGGUCAAAACUUAGGCGCAAUGAAGUCCACAAAGAUGAUUUCUUAAGAGUGAUCAGGAAUAUUGUUGGGGAUCAAAUGCUCAAGCAGGCAGCCCAUAAAGUUUUUCAACAGAUGCAAGCCCAGGCACAAAGAAAUAACCAGGCAAAUCCAAGUCAGCAUUCUUUAUUCUCUCAAGCGUCAGCACAGCAGAUGCCUUCCAGUGGUUCAGCACAGUUACAUGAUCAGAAAGUUCGUCCACCUGGACCAUCCAACCAGGGUCAGAAAACUCAGGUGUCAUCUUCACCUCAGGCUUUUGCACCACAGCCAGGCACUCAAGCGCAAACUAGCGCACAAUAUCUUUCUCAUGAUAACCCCAACCAAAACCCUGACGCAAAGGUACCAAAUGCUAUAUCGAAUCAACCACCUAGAAUGAACUCAGCAGUUUCAUUGCAAACAAAGAACAAGCAGCAACAACCCACACAAUUUCAGCAGGCCUCACAGCAAAUAUAUGGAGCAAGUAAUCCCGGUGCCCAGGGUUACCCUCGGUCAAUCACUGGUUCUCUUAGGCCACCAAAUCCAGUUCCAGAAACACAUGCUCAUGGAAUGCCUCCUGCAAAAGUUGCCCCUCCCCCUACUCAUCCAAUGAUGCAGCACAAUGCAGUUGCAUGGCAAAUGCAUCAAAACAAGGAGUUGAAAACCAAUACUCCCCCUCCAAAUGCUAAUGCAAAGCAAAAUUCUGAAUCUGCUGGCAAGGCCCGCACGGUUGGCGCAGGAAAUUCUUCAGCUAAAGGAAAGCAGGGACCCCCAAACUCAUCCACACCAAAUGCUAGCGGAGGUGCGAAGAGUAAUAAGAAAUCGGGUGGGCAGAAGAAAUCAUCAGAAGCAGCAGGCUCUACGCAGCCUUCAAGCAAAAAGCAGAAGACAUCUGGUGCCUUCCAGGAACAAAGCAUUGAUCAACUUAAUGAUGUCACUGCUGUUAGUGGUGUUAAUAUUAGGGAGGAGGAGGAACAGCUACUCUCUGCCCCAAAGGAAGAGAGCCUUGCCUCACAAGAAGCAAGAAGAAUUGCACAGGAAGAAGAAGAAAAUCUUUUCCUACGGAAGGGCCCACUCCUGAAGAAACUAGUAGAAAUAGCUCGGAAAUGCAAUCUGAAGAAUGUUAAUGUUGAUGUUGAGCAUUGUUUAUCAAUGUGUGUGGAGGAGCGAUUGCGAAGAUUCAUAAGUACUCUUAUACGAGUCUCAAAACAGAGAAUCGACACUGAGAAGACCGGGCAUCGACUAGUUAUUACUUCAGAUGUUGGCCGUCAAAUUUUGCAAAUGAACCAGAAAGCUAAGGAAGAGUGGGAUAAAAAACAAGCAGAAGAAGCUGACAAGAACAAGAAGCAAACUGAGGCUGAUGGCAGUGGCGCGGCAGAGUUGGAAAAGGAAAAAGAGGAAAGUCGCCCAAAGAAUGUGAAGCCCAACAAGGAAGAAGAUGAUAAGAUGAGAACGAAUGCGGCGAACGUUGCUGCUCGGCAAGCAGUUGGAGGAAGUGAUAUGCUCUCGAAGUGGCAGCUGAUGGCUGAACAAGCCAGGCAGAAGCGAGAAGGCCUUGAUGUGGCUGCUGCCUCGCAGCAAGGUAAAGGACCAGGUCCCAGGCCAUUAUCCAAAUUCGGAAAAGGCCUCGGCGAAAACCAGGAAGGUUCAAAGAGGAGCCAUUCUGCAGCGUUCGGAACUGGUGGCAUGAAAAGACCUGGGAGGACGCCAUUUGCGGGACCGCAACGGACGAUCUCUGUGAAGGAUGUGAUCUGUGCCCUGGAGCGGGAACCUCAGAUGACGAAAUCACGGCUCAUCUACCGGCUGCACGAGCGGUUGCCCGGUGAUUCUAGCGCAGAUUAGGCUAGAGUAGGCAUACUAAGUGUGGGUGUGGCACUAGAGCCCAUGCAUGGGUAUUUAACAGCAUAGGAGCAUGACCCGGUGUGGUUUGGAGAGUGGAGUGGCAUUGUAUAUUGGUGACAAAUCUGUAACACAUAAAGGCGGCUUCCCUCUUAAUGAAAUACGUGCUCAGGCACACGGCCGCAAAAACACACACACACAUAAAGCGGCGAAAUGCCAGCAAAAGUCAUCUGUAAAAAUUGCCGUGUAAGGUGCUCUGGCAUUUGCCUCAUCUGCAACCAAUGGCUGCUUGGUCGUC